UAAUUUUUUUUUUUGCAGGCAAAUUGCGCGCGAUAUGGAAGUGAUGAAAAAUAUCCGUGUUGGGUUUUGUUUUUCAAGUUAUGGCAGUAGCUAAAGUCAGCUUAUGCGUGUGGCGUCUCGAGUUAGCCGAUGACCAGAACGUGUCCGCGUUCAACUUCCAACAAAAUCCGGAUGAGGAGGAAUCCUUGUUGUUGGCCCGGAAGAAGAAACCUGCCGACAUCGACACGAUCCGACUUCACCGCGGUGUUCGUACUAAACGCCACUUGAUCGUCGAGAGUUACGAUCUCGCUAAUAUUGCCGACGGCGACGCUGAAGACGCCAUGAAGAGAAGCUUCAUUUCCGGCAACCCUGAAGUCGAGGUGACUGAAGGGAUUUUGCAUUUGUACAAGGAGAAUGUGUUGACCCCGGCGCCGAGUGACGGGGAUGAAGGACGAUCGAUGAUGAUUUGCAUGUUGGCUGUUCCGGCUGUGUUGACGAGUCGUGACUUGAUGAACUUUCUGGCUCCGUGUUCGCCGGAAAUUCAACUCGUGAGGAUCGUGAGGGACAGAACUCCAAACCAGUACAUGGUGUUGUUGAAGUUCAGGUCUCAACAAGGAGCAGACGAGUUUUAUAAAACAUUCAACGGAAUGCCGUUCAAUUCCCUUGAACCGGAUCUUUGUCACCUCGUGUACGUGUCACGGGUGGAAUCCGUGAAAGAGUCGGAAGGUGGAGGACUUCCGUUGGAGUUCCACACCGAGCUUCCGGUGUGUUCCGUGUGCCUGGAGCGAAUGGACGAAAGCGUGGAUGGUGUACUGACCAUUUUAUGCAAUCACAGCUUUCACAGUGCUUGCUUGUCGCAGUGGGGUGAUGGAAGUUGCCCCGUGUGUCGGUACACGAGCACGCCUGAAGUCGUGGAAAGAUCCUGUUGCUUCUCUUGUCCUUCGACGUCUGAUUUAUGGAUUUGCCUCAUUUGUGGCAACGUCGGGUGCGGGCGUUACGAUAACAAACACGCCGAAGCGCAUUUCUGCGAGACGAACCACAUUUAUGCGAUGCAAAUCGGGACUAAUCGGGUUUGGGACUACGCUGGUGACAACUUCGUUCACCGAUUGGUGCAAAACAAGACUGACGGGAAACUCGUCGAGUUGGAUGGCCACGAAGCGGGUGAAGGAUCCGCUCGGGUUUGGGUCAAGGGUUCGGAAUCGAGCGAAGAAAAAGUUGAAUCUAUGCAACUGGAGUACACGUACCUUCUGACGAGCCAAUUGGAAUCUCAGCGGCGUUAUUUCGAAGCCAAGCUGGAAAAAGUGGACGAGCAAAUGCGGAAAGAGCUGCAGGACUUGAAAGACCAUACCGCAGAGCUGACUUCUCUAAACCGAACCGUUUCUGACAACGUUGCAACCAUCGUCGCCGAGAAAAAGACCGCAGAUAAGAAAAACGCGUCGCUAACUGCCCGCGUAGCCAAACUGACGCAAGAAUUGGCUGACGAAAAGCAACUCACGUCGUGUCUGCUCAGUGACAAGGCGGAUUUGGCGUCCAAGCUCGAAUCCUUGAAGCGGGAUUCCAAUAAGCAAGCUGAGGAGAUAACUGAAUUGCGGGAGCAGUUGAGGGACUUUAUGUUUCAUUUGGAAGGGUCCAAGAAGAUUGCUGAUGAAGACCAGGCUGGCGAGUUGCAGGGUGGGCAAGUGAUCAUGCCUGAGAAUGAAAUGUCGGCGUGUGGAGCGAGGGGAAGACGAAGACGGAACCGACACUGAAGAAGCAUCCCUUUUUUUUUCUUUCAAAAUCUAUAACUGUGCGUGGGAAUUUAAAUGUGAUAACGAGGACAUCGUGUGUUGCGUGGAAGUUUUUCAAAAUAUACCCGGACGAGAUUCAGAAUA